GGAGAUUCCAGCAUGGCGGUGCAGCCCAAACAAAACCUCUCUAUGGACAGCGCGGCCGAGCACGGCUUCCUCAACUUCUUCUUCUCCAUGCCGGACAAGCCAGACACCACGUUCCGCAUCUUCGACCGCAGCGACUACUACACGGUCCACGGGAAAGACGCCGCAUUCGCCGCGAAGGAAGUUUUCAAGACGAAGGGCGUCAUCAAGCACUUGGGUUCCGGGAGUCGUAAAUUGGAAAGUGUGGUUCUGAGCAAGCUCAACUUUGAGGCUUUUGUGAGGGAUUUGCUCCUGGUCAGGCAGUACCGCGUCGAGGUGUACAAGAACCAAAGCAAGAGCAGCAAGGAGCACGACUGGAAGAUUGAGUACAAGGCCUCUCCAGGAAACCUCACCCAGUUCGAGGAGAUCUUGUUUGGCGGCGAAAAUGGCGCGGAAGGCUUCGCAGGCGUUGUAGCAGUGCGCGUCGCAGCUGGCGUGGUGGGCGUGGGCUACGUGGACGCGGCGCAACGCACUAUGGGCGUGUGCGAGUUCCCCGACAACGAGGUCUUCUCCAACCUGGAGUCGCUGCUGGUCCAGGUCGGUCCCAAAGAGUGUCUCCUCGCUCAGGGGGAGAACAGCGCUGAUGGCAACAAGCUACGGGAGGUGGUGCAGCGCGGCGGCCUGCUUGUCUCGGACAGGAAGCGAGCCGAGUUCAGUGGCAAGGACUUGGUCCAGGACCUGAACAGGCUGCUGAGAGCCAAACGUGGAGAGACGGUGGCCAGCAACACCCUUCCCGAGCUGGACAAACGGGUGGCCAUGUCCUGCUUGGCCGCAGUGGUGCGCUACCUGGAGCUGCUCUCCGACGAGUCCAACUUCAACUCCUUCAGCCUGACCUCAAUGGAGCUGGGUCAGUACAUGAGGCUGGACAACGCUGCCGUCAGGGCGCUCAACCUCUUCCAGGGUGCACCCGACGACACCAGCGGUGCCCACUCGUUGGCCGGUCUGCUGAACAAGUGCCGCACGCCUCAGGGACAGAGGCUGGUCAACCAGUGGAUCAAACAGCCGCUCCUAGACAAAACUAAAAUAGAGGAGAGGCUGGACCUGGUGGAGAGUUUGGUGCGCGACUCGGAGCUGAGGCAGACGUGCCAGGAGGACCUUCUGCGGCGGUUCCCCGAUCUCCAGCGUCUGGCCAAGAAGUUCCAACGCCACAGUGCCACCUUGCAGGACUGCUACCGCGUGCACCAGGCCGUUGGCCACAUCCCUGCGCUCGUGGCUGUGCUGGAAAGAUAUUCGGGCAACCAUCAGGUCCUGCUGGAGGCGGUUUUCAUAUCCCCCCUCAGGGACCUGCAGAGUGACUUCAGCAAGUACCAGGAGAUGAUUGAGACCACAUUGGACAUGAACCAGAUUGAGCACCAUGAGUUCCUGGUGAAGGCCUCCUUUGAUCCCGUGUUGAGUGAGCUGCGAGAGAAAAUGGACGCCAUGGAGAAGAGCAUGCAGGCUGUGCUCAACGCCGCUGCCAAAGAGCUAGGUUUGGAGGCCGGCAAGACGGUGAAGCUGGAGUCGAGCGCCGUGCUGGGCUUCUACCUGCGCAUCACCUGCAAGGAGGAGAAGAGCCUGAGGAACAACAAGAAGUUCACCAUGCUGGAUGUGCAGAAGAACGGUGUGCGCUUCACAAACAGCAAGCUGAGUGCGCUCAACGAGGACUACGGGCGCAGCAGGGAGGAGUACGAGGAGGCGCAGAACGCCAUCGUCAAAGAGAUCAUCAACAUCGCCUCAGGCUACGUGGAUCCUUUGCAGGCGCUGGCCGACGUGGUGGCGUUGCUGGACGCGGUGGUCAGCUUCGCCACCGCGUCCGUCUCGGCCCCCGUGCCCUACGUGCGGCCGCGCCUGCUGCCCGACGGCCGCCGCCGCCGCCUGGAGCUGCGGCGGGCGCGCCACCCCUGCAUGGAGACGGACGCCGACACGUGCUUCAUCCCCAACGACGUCGCCUUCGUCCAGGGGGAGAAGAGCUUCUACAUCAUCACAGGGCCAAACAUGGGCGGGAAGUCGACGUACAUCCGUCAGGUGGGCGUGGUCGCUUUGAUGGCUCAAAUCGGCUGCUUCGUGCCGUGCGAGGAGGCGGAGCUCAGCGUGAUUGACAGCAUCCUGGCCCGGGUGGGGGCAGGAGACAGCCAGACGAAGGGAGUGUCCACCUUCAUGUCCGAGAUGCUGGAGACGGCCGCCAUCUUGCGCUCGGCCACGGAGAAGUCGCUGGUCAUCGUGGACGAGCUGGGCCGCGGCACGUCCACCUACGACGGCUUCGGCCUGGCCUGGGCCAUCAGCGAGCACGUCGCCGCUGAGAUCGGCUGCUUCUGUCUGUUCGCCACGCACUUCCACGAGCUGACGGCGCUGGCGGCGCAGCGGCCCACCGUGCGCAACCUGCACGUGACGGCGCUGACGUCGCACGACACGCUCACCAUGCUCUACAGGGUCAAGCCGGGUGUGUGCGACCAGAGUUUCGGGAUCCACGUGGCCGAGUUGGCUCGUUUCCCGCCGUCGGUGGUCGCCAUGGCGAAGGAGAAGGCCGAGGAGCUGGAAGAGUUUCAGGAGCCGGCUGCGUCCGCGAGGGGGGGCGGGUCCGAGGCCAAGAGACGGCGCAGCGAAAAACGGGUCGGAGAAGACUUGAUCCAGGACUUCCUGGAGGAAGCCAAGUCUCUCCCUGCCGCCGCCAUGACGGAGGACGAGGUGAGGGUGGCGUUGCGGCGAAUGAAGGAGGCGCUGCUCGCCAAAAACAACGUGUACGUCUCCGAGGUGCUAGCGCGAUUGCUUCCUGUCACAACGUCCUGAUUGACCUAACUCUCAUGUCGCAUCGCCCAUAGAGUACAUUUAUGUCCACCUUUUUUGACUUAAAAUUGAAAAACCCACGUUAUUUUUUGCCAUUCAAAAGAAUUCUUUUUUUGGUUCUGUUUCGGGGAAGAAAGAUAGUCUAAAACAAAAAAAUAACAAUAAUACAUUGAGUUUUUGAGAAACUCAAAGUGGAGCUACUGCUUUCUUUCCCCAAAACACAACAAAAACAUUUGUUUUGUGUAUAAAGGAAAUAAACCCUUUGGCGGUGCAUAUUUUUUAUUUUGGAAAAAGAACUGUAAAACAUGUUCAAUGUAUAUAUAUUUUUUUAACUCUUAUCCAGACCUAAGAAUUUUUGUUAUGGUAAAAGAAAAAAACGUAUCUCCCAAUUCUUCUUUUUUUUCUUGAAAAAACAAAAUAUUAUUUUGGAUAUCGUUAGCCUUAUAGCAUAGUUGCCGUAAUAAUUUUUAAGUUAAUGUCACAAUAGCAAUAAAAAAUACCAACGUGCUUGCUAAAAAUAUUUUUUUUCUUUGUGUAGAUUCUCAGUCCUCCAGGUCAUGGCAAUCUCCUAAAGUUGAAUGGAAGCAACAGGACGUUUUAUUUUUUAGGGUGAAUUUUGUUUUUGUUUUCUGAAAACAUUUAAAUAUGACUCAACUAUGCUGUGCGGCUAACGAUAUCCAAUUUAUUUGUUUGCCUUUUUCCACAAAACCUUGUCUUUGACUGGAUGGUGACGUUUUUGUUCAUCUCUAGACCGCCGCUGAAGCACUGACAGUAUGUUGGACAGUUUGUUAAUAAAGCUUUGUUCCUGGAUGUGC